AUGGCUUUGGGAAUAACCGUGGACGAUUCAUCUCAAAAUCAAUCUCAACCCAUAACACCCAGUGCACCGCCGUUAGAAUCAAUGGCCCCGGUGGAUGUGAAUCAAGUACGAUUUGUUGUUGUAGUCGACGCAGCGACACACAGCCAACCGAUUUCCGCUCAAACCGAAGCGCUCAAUGCCAGCGAAAGUUUGCGUCGCAUUAUCAACGAAAAAAUCAACUGUGACUCUAAAGGCAAUCACAUCAUUCGCGAUGUUGACGAAUCCGAAUUUCGACAGCUCAUCGAAUUCCUUGAAAAGAAGAAAUUGCAAUUCCGAGACCAAAAUCAUCGAUUGCAAAUGUUUAACGUGGCCAAGCAAUACAAUUGUGCUGACAUGCAAAUUUAUUGUUUGCGCGAAGUUGAUGCCAAUUUGGAUGUAUCGAAUGUGAUUACUGUUUAUCGCACACUUUGGUUCUACGGUUCGUUGACAGCGCACAAGGAUCCAAUCGAUCGAAAGAAGACCAAUAUGAAAAAGGCCAACUACACGCCCGAAGAAUUUCUCACGUAUUUGGUGUUUAAUGUGUUGCAGUUUAUCAAUAUGAACGCGGAAAAUGUGCUGCUGUCGGAGGAGAUCGAUGAGUUGCGAUUCAAAGAAUUUGAAAAUAUUGUGAAACAGGAUGAUCUUCUGUUACGCUCCGAAAUGGUGUUGAUCAAUGCACUGACGCGUUGGAGCCGAGCGGAAUGCCGACGAAAGAACAUCGAACUCUCAUUCGAAAAUGAGCGCACCGUAUUGGGUGAACUAUGCUAUGCACCAAGAUAUUUAACAUUGAAACCCAGCGAAUUUGAAUUGGCCUGCAAAAAUAUUCGAUUUUUGGAUCCGGCCGAGGUGACGCUGAUUCGUGAAGCGUUCGAUGGCAAAAAAUCCAAUUUGACUGCCGAACAAACAAAUAUGCUGAACAAUUUCCGAAAGCCACGACCAAAAUACACACGCAUGCCAAUCUAUUUAAGUCCACGCAGUCAUCCGAAAAAGUAUUCACGACGAAUGCGACGAAACGAUCGCACUGAAAGUGAUGGUUCAUCGUGUUUUCUCGAUUGCCUGGCCGCUUUCAUUUGUUUAUGUGAUUAAGAUUACACAACUGUAGAAUACUUCGAUUUAAGUUGGACAUUUGUUUGUAUCUUUUUUUAUUAUUAUUUCGAUUUCGGAACGCCGAAUUUCAUACGCGGAUUAAACGAAUCGUCAUACGGUACAUGGCAGUGUAUACCAAUUGAUACGAAUAGACUAGUGAUUGCUUAGAGAAACGGAAAACUCGGUUUUGUUUAGAGUGAAUGUGUGUUACCAUUUUGGCGCUAAAUUUAUUCUUUUUUUUACCGUUUGAAUCAAUUCGUCGGUUGCUGAUUGCAAUGCACAGCUUCUUAGUUACAAACAAUUAAACUGGCGAACUGCUACUCUACAUCUGUCGUUAAAUGUUUAUUUUCUUUUCCUUUCCAACAUUUUCCAUGUAGACUCAUUGAAACGGGCAUGCGAAUGUAUUUAUUUGAUUUGCUUGGUGCGAAUCUAACGAAACAUACAAACAUAUUUAUAUAUUUCUAUAAAAUAGUAAAAUUUGAUGAUUUUUUUUUAUUUUUAUUAAUGUCUUUAUCUUCCAUAAAUCAUUUUAAAUCUUACAAAAUAUAUUUAUGUCUUAUAUUCAAUGUUCGAAACGCAUCGAAGCGCGUGAAUAUUGACAGCUUUGAAAACAGAAAAUCGUAUUUACUAUUUUUAGCCAAAAUUUGGACAAAUGAAAACGGAAUAGAAGAAAAAAAAUGAAGAAAGCUCAUAUAGUUGAAAUAAAUGGAGGGAUGUUUAUUAUAUAAAUGCAAAUGAUUCUAUAGAUUGUUAACGAGAAUGAAUUUUAGCAAAUAUUUUAUUGAUACGAUUGAAUGAAUGAAAGUAUAUAUGAAUGUCCGAGAAUGAAAACGCAACUUCUAUUCACAACAUAUAUAAGUGAAACAUAUAUAAGUAAAGAAAUCUUUUUUGUUGUUACACUUUGAAAAAAUUCGAUUUUGUUGUUUCAUUUCAACAAAUUUUUUUAUUUUUGUUUCACUUAUAUAUGUUGUGAAUAGAAGUUGCGUUUUCAUUCUCGGACAUUCAUAUGAAACGAAAAGAGUUUAUUUAAAGAAAGAUGAUAAGAAAAUUUGUGCAAAAAUUAUUUUACUGUUUAAAUUUGGGAUGAAACGAAAAAAAGUCCUAAAAAACCUAAAAAUCGUCCUAUAAAUUACGAUAAUCAUCCUGAAUAUCACAAACAUCGUCCUAAAGAAACACAAAAAUCAUUACAAUCCAAAGUGUUGAUAACUAAAAUGAAAUCAUUUAACUUAACGGAAAUGUUUCUUAUUUUGAUGCUGUAGCAUUGAAGAAGGAAAUGAUUAAAGCGUUACUCAACAUAGGACUGUGGAAUAGACGAAAUGAACGGAAAUUACAUCUAGCCGAAUGUUUCUUUUUUGACGAAAUAUGAUGAAUAUGAGACGCACGUAAGCAAGUAUCACACGAUAAUAUCGCCAUAUCUGUCUCAUUCGAUAUAGAAAAUAUGCGUUUUGGACACAUUGAACAAUUUUGUGAGUAACUGUAUGUUUAAUUAUAUAUUUCAAUGGCAAUGAGACAACUCAGUAAAAUAUACUGUAACAAACACAAUCUUUUUUUAUGAUGUUUUUUGUAUUAGUUUUCGGACGAAAUUAGGGUCUUUUAGGUCGAUUUUUGUAUUUUGUAAGGACGAUUUUUGUGAUAUUUAAGAUGAUUUUCGUAAUUUAUACGACGAUUUUUAGGUUUUUUAGGACGUUUUUGAUGGAUAAUUCAUUUAUUCGAGCAAUUUUGAGUCGAGACAAAAAAAAAAUUAUAUGACAAAAGCAACACAAAUAUUUAGAGAAAAAAAAAGAACAUAUAAACAAACAAAACAUAGAAAUUAUUUUGGACGAAACGUUCUUAAGAAUUUAGCACACAGGUGCUACCACCGUGAAUAUACAAGAUCUGUAAACAUUGUAUAGGCCAAUUCUUUCACUUUUAAACGAAAAAACAGAAUGCUUUAACUAACCAUUUGCCAUCUUUCUAGAUACAGAUCGUUUCCUGUGAAUCUCAUUUCAACUUCGAUAUUCCACAAUCGAUUUGAAUUGCCAUUUCAGAAAGAGAUUUUAACAUUAUAUUUAUAUAGAUACCGAAAUAAACACAAACUUUUUGCUACGUUUAUAUAGAGAAGAUAUAACAACACACCAGAU